AUGAGCCUCCCGGAGACCGUGGUGUCUUGGAGUAUGGCGCAUCGAGGGCAAUUUGAUGGCCGCCUAACCGAAAGAGGAAACGCGGGGAGCGGGGAGCGGGCAUCGGGCGAAGUCAAGGGAAGGAACGACCAGCCCGGACUCCGCGACGAUAGGGGAGAGCGCGGAUGCACGUGUGCUAUCAUCCAAAGCACAUGUACCUAUGGCACUAGACCCCACAAUAUCACGCCGUCUCGUUUCCGUCGCGGCGGGCUAAUCCGCAGGUCAAAAGCUUCAAAAGCUCUCCCGGUCCCCGAACUUCGUCUCAGCGUCGCUCCAACCCUCCCGCCGUUUGUCCGCAUCCCCACAACUGACCCCCCCACAUUCCGCACGUCUCCACGCGUCCAAGGCAUGGAGAGGGCCGAAGCCGAGCAUGGGCUCGAAAGAGCAGAGUCCAAUACUCGGACGUCUGUUAGCGAAGAGAAAGACACCCCAGCUUGUUGCACAUGUCGAUAUGAUCAACAAAAGCAGAAACCCGGAAUCAAGACUGGUGUGAUUGAGAGCUUGAGUCGACGACUAGAGCUCCUGGAGAAUCUCCUCCUCGAUGGCGGAGGCAAUCCAAAAGCUGGACCGGUCCCUAGUGAUCAACCUGGUUGCAUAUAUCAUGCAUCUCUAUUGCUUGCCAAGGAGUUACAAGUCAAUGUGGAGAGUUCGGGGAAAUAUCUCUCGUCCAGUGAAGUAGCUCCGAAAGGUCCCUCCAGACGCAACUGCCUGCAAGAUACCGAAUUUGUAUUCAGUGCAGGAGACCAGGCUCCAUCGAGUGAGCAGCCGUCCAAGAAGAGAAAAACCAAUCAUGAGCGUUCUGAAUAUAAUUUACUACAACGGAACUGGGGCAAUGCUGAGGAUAGUAGACCGUCUUUAUUACCAUCAGGAAGGGUACUGAAUCUCGUCGUUGAUACAUUCUGUUCAACCGUUCAUCCGUGGAUACCGUUCAUUCAUCUUGACCGGUUCAGAGAACAAUUUAAUGAUGCAGAGAGGAGGCCCGACCUCGAGAUAAUAUUACAUGCUAUGAUAUUUGCGACAUUGAGGUAUUUAAAGGAUGAGGAAACCAAUAUGGAACAAUCUGAGAUCGCCUGUCAGGUUCAAUUGUCUCGGAAUGUGGUAAUGCUUACUGCUACCGACCGCUUGACAACUCAGAAUAUUCAAGCCUUGAUUAUAGUAGCUUUCCAUGACGUUGGUUCUGGGAAUAUUUCCCGAGCUUGGCCUAUCAUUGGAUCUUUAACAAGAACAGUAGAGUAUUUGCAGCUCACGGUCGAAGCCGAUGAAAUGCAACAGUAUUCGCUUUCAACACCACUUGCAUUGCUUGACAAGCCUCAAGAUUGGACCGAGUCGGAGAACAGGAGAAGGAUCUUUUGGAACGUCUUCCUGUUAGACAGUUGGAAUACGAGUCUCACGUCCGAUGAUGUUCGUCGUAGAUUGCCAUGCGAUGGAGGGCUUUGGCAACAUAGAGAGGAAGCAGUAGUAACACCAUACUUUGGGAUAUGGAGUAAAUCAGCUGCGAGGAUCGGAAAUCAUAUUGCAUACAUACCCGCACAUUAUCCCAGUCCAGAUCAUCCAGUCGAUACCAGAAGUCCCAAUGGAAUUGCUGAUUUUGGCUCCGUGGAUACAUCGAAGUUAGGAGCAUUUGCAUAUCACAUCGAAGCAACAGAAUCCUUAAGCCAGGUUACAUCAUUCUUCUUACAACAGAAAGUCGACUUUCGAAAUCGCCAGGAAGCUGGAAGCUGGCUCACACGCUUCAAAGAGCUCGAUCUUCGGCUCGUGCACUGGAAGAUGUUCCUCCCUCAGAAAUGGAAAGACUCGAAUAUUUCCCGCGACAAGGCGUUCAUCAAUAUGGAUCCAAAUCUUACAAUGGCGCAUAUCACUCAUAACACGUCAAUGAUUCUUCUCCAUCAGCACAUCGCAUACCCUCCUCGAGAAUGGGCGGAGCUGAUCAGACUUCCUAGCUCGUGCAGUGCAGGAACUUGUGAAUCCGCAGCAGUAGAGACAGCAUGUAUUAGCGAAAAGUAUCUCAAGUACACAGAUGUCGGGAUCGUAAGCAGCCAAUUCGCACUCUGUGCUUUCGUCGCCGCCCGCGUUCUUCUCGUUCAUUGGCAAUACUAUCAAACAACUCUCCUCCCUGAGUUCUUUAGCCUUCUAGCCAGCCUCGAGAAUAUGUCCAAGCGCUGGCGCGGCCCACACGCACCACAACAAGGCUUUCCGUCGUCGACUCAAGAUACAGUCUCAGACCUGGAUAUGGCUGGCCAAUACCGCGUGUAUCUGCAAUCUUUACAUCGGCAAUGUACCAGUUCUCCUGAUUUCCGUAUGGACACUAACCUCAGUGGCCUCUUGCCUCCUCUGGUACAGUCAAGGACCGUGGAGAGCGUCACGCUUUCUCCGUCGUUGACAACGAGCUCAGCACCGAGAUACCAGGCCAAGACGUCUAACGGCGUGCAGAGUCAAGCUAAGCUAGAUACUCCACAACGAAUACAACACUCCCAAUCGCAGCCUCAAACACAGCCCUCCUAUUACGUCAGUCCGACACCAUAUACAUCCUCUUCCAUACCUGCCAUAUCCUCCUCCUCCACUGCGAUACAAGCCCAUUCCCCAACUCUGCCCUUACAAAAUCCACUACAAUCUCAUCCGCCAGCAGCCGAAAAUUUCGCUCCAUCAUCGCACCACCGCCCCGCCCCUUCAUAUUACUCCACCACAGACCUCCAGGCGCCUGUUUCCAGCGUCUGUGCUUCGCAUAACACCCCAGACUUAAACGGAAGAAUACCAAACGCACACAACCCGGAUUCUAUCAUUAGUAUUCCAAGCAGCAUGAAUCUUGGUAUCGUUGAUGAAAACAACACCAUCGAUGAACACGGUAUUGAUUCCCUGACUCAGAUGUCGAAUCUCCUGCUGGGACAGCAGUUUCUGGAGAUGGACCGAGUGAUUACAUUUGAGGAGACAGAUUUCACGAUUGAGAUGAAUUUGGAGGCUUGGGGGGGUUCAUGA